AUGGCUUGCGCCUGUCAGCCUGUUUCCUUCUACUGGAACCAGUACCUGGGUGCCAAGGGCAGCUGCAUCAAUGUCAGCUUGUUCUUCCUGCUUCUCGGUAUUGUCAACAUGUUCAAUGAUAUUGUCAUUCUUUUCGUACCUGUACCCCGUAUCUGGGAGUUGCAGAUGAACAAGAGAACAAAAACCUCGAUUAUCGGCAUUAUGCUGCUUGGUAGCUUCGUAUGCGUUGCAAGUAUAGUACGAAUCUACUAUCUCAACGGCCUCUUCAAGAACGUCGAUGUGACGUGGUGGAUGGGCCCUUCCUUUGCCUGGUCUAGUCUCGAGCCCUCCGUCGCAAUCAUCUCCGCUUGUCUGCCUACAUUCGCACCGAUAUUCCGCACAUGUAUGGGCCGUGUCAAGUCGUCGCGAAACAGCCCUUAUCCCUACCCUAGCGAACGAAGUGGUGGCCCAUCAGGGACCGGUGGGCUCCGAAGUCAACAGAACAAUGGCAAACACGCACGCAAUGGCGUAAACGGAUUCGCACUUGGUCGCAGCGGUGCAGGACACUCGAAGCUUGAGGACGACGAGGUCGAACUCACCUAUAAGACGACAUGUGGGGACACGACCUCGAGCCGUGGAGAGGAGAGAAAGGAUAGUUUAGAUUAUGAGCCGGAAAUUAACGUCAAGACACAGGUCUCCGUGGUCUCUUACAGUAAAGAAAACAACUCUUAG